AUGAACGUUAAGAUAGCCGGCAAGUGUGGCGGUAGAGGUGUGGCGCGGUCCAAACUCCGGCUAAGGCCGAGUCAGCAAGGGCUGAGGAGGGUCCGUGAGCCGGGGCUACUCAACUUGACGCGUCGAGGCGUCACGGCGCGUCAAGCGUUUCUCCUCUCUACACCUACUCAACAAAAAACUCUCAUUCAUCAUCGUAACACAACAUUCGCCACUAUGUCUGGUACCGCAACCGAUCUUCAGCAGGCAAAGCAAGCUCGAGCCGCCCACGCGCGUGCCGUGAGAGUCGCCAACAAGGAGAAGAGGGAGAAGCUCAAAGCAGCGAGAGUUGCACGCAUGGCGCUGCAUGUAUCCGUACGGCAUUGUAAAGAUGUCUUCGACGGCUGGGACUGGUAG